UUUCCAACCCUUCCCCCAUUUUACAGCCGUGCAAUAUUUGGAAGAGAAAUGGACGACUUCCCCAGCGAGUGGGUGUGUUUGUUACAAUUCGUGUUACAACAAACUACGUAACAAGACGAGAAGCUAAGUAUUAACCAGACCAACAUUAUAAAGCUAAACACCGAUGAAAAGGGGUUACGUUAUCCAAUGUAAACCCCUAUCCAUCCUCUCUCUCGUCAGUCUACAUCCGCGGACACAAAAAGGACUGUCGAUUAAAUGGGCAGGAUUUACACUAGAGUAACCCACAAAAAUAGUUUAAUGUCAAAAGUAUUACGGCGUUAUUUGUGAAACGCACGCUAACUACUAAAUAUUAGCCAUGCUACCGCAAUGUGUCCUCUGCUUUUACAGGCUGCCAUUUCUUCCUUCUUUCGACAGAGACGUGCGCGAGACACGCUGUCUGUAUGCUUCCGCGGAGGGUUUGCGCUUUGGUUUUUUCUUUUGAGGGGGGAGGGGGGUUUACUUGAACGUGUCCCCACAGCAAAGCGACCGCGAAUGAAAUUUGCUUUCAGACUCAUUGUAUGCAUUAAUAAUUUAGCUUUUCGUCAUUUGCCACAGAAAAUAGUUCGUUUUCCGGCUUAAUUCGGGCUGCGCGCGCUAGCUGCAGCUCGGCGGAGGGAUACUGCAAGCAGGCGGGACUCUGUGUGAGCGAGGCUAAAUGGAGACUGCCUCUUCCUGGUGGAUAAACAGUGACAGCUACAGGGCAGCUACCUACAGACCCAGCUCUGCCGCUGCCCUGCCAAACAACCCCAAAAUGGCUUCAGACAGUACACACACGGCGCAGUUGACUUCUGAACUGUACUUCCUAAUAGCCCGAUUUCUACAAGCUGGACCGUGUCAAAAAGCAGCCGAGACCCUGAUAAGGGAGGUGGAGGAGAAGGAGCUGCUGCCCAAAAGGCUGGACUGGACGGGGCAGGAACACCCGGGGACCUACGAAACAUUGGUGAAGCUCUACAGACACAUCUCCCCUGACCACCUGUUGCAGGUGUGCUCCAGGGUCUGCCCGCUGCUGGAGGGGGAUGUCCCAGCCAGCGUUCCCGGACUCACCAGCCUUUUGGGAGCCGGCCGCCAGAACCUCCUCCGCACCAGCAAGAGCUGCAAACAUGUGGUGUGGAAGGGUUCGGCGCUGGCCGCGCUGCACUGUGGACGACCUCCGGAGCCGCCCAUCAUUUAUGGCAGCCCUCCCAAUAUCGUUGAGACGUGUUUCAGCCGCCGACUGAACGGCUCCUACCGCCUGCGGCAGCUGGUGCCCACAGCCGUGUACCAACACAUGAAGAUGCACAAGAGGAUCCUGGGACAUCUGUCGUCUGUGUACUGUGUGACCUUCGACCGGACGGGGCGGCGCAUCUUCACAGGCUCUGACGACUGUCUGGUGAAGAUCUGGGGUACCGACGAUGGCCGCCUGCUGGCGACUCUGCGCGGACACGCCGCAGAGAUUUCCGACAUGGCUGUCAGCUAUGAGAACACAAUGAUCGCCGCCGGCUCCUGCGACAAAACCAUCCGGGUGUGGUGCUUGCAAACCUGCGCCCCUUUGGCUGUCCUGGAGGGACACGCAGCCUCCAUCACCUCACUGCAGUUUUCUCCCCUCUGUAGUGGCUCCAAGCGCUACCUGUCCUCCACCGGCGCCGACGGCACCAUCUGCUUCUGGCAGUGGGACGCUCACACUCUCAAGUUCGGUCAAAGGCCCAGUAAAUUCACAGAGCGAUCCAGACCUGGAGUCCAAAUGAUCUGCUCCUCCUUCAGUGCAGGUGGGAUGUUCCUCUCCACGGGAAGCACUGAUCACAUCAUCAGGGUUUACUACUUUGGAUCAGGUCAACCAGAGAAAAUCUCCGAACUAGAAUCCCACACGGACAAAGUCGACAGCAUCCAAUUUUCCCAUUGCAGUGACAGGUUUGUAAGCGGCAGCAGAGAUGGCACAGCUCGGAUCUGGCAGCUGCAGCCUCAGGGCUGGAAGAGCAUCCUGCUGGACAUGCAGACCAAAUUACCCGGGAAGUACAACCCCCCUCCGCUGGAGGACAAGGUGACGAAGUUGAAGGUUACCAUGGUGGCGUGGGAUCGCCAUGACAGCACCGUGAUCACAGCAGCCAAUAACCUGACGCUGAAGGUGUGGAACUCCCUCACCGGGACCUUGGUCCACGUCCUGUUGGGUCACGAGGAUGAGGUGUUCGUCCUGGAACCACAUCCGUUUGAUCCAAGGAUCCUGUUCUCGGCCGGGCACGAUGGGAAUUGUAUUGUGUGGGAUUUGGCUAGGGGGGCCAAGAUCCGAUCUUACUUCAACAUGAUCGAGGGUCAAGGACACGGCGCGUUAUUCGACUGCAAAUGCAGUCCUGAUGGGCAGCACUUUGCAGCCACUGACUCCCAUGGUCACCUGCUCAUCUUUGGCUUUGGCUCCAGCAGCAAGUAUGAUAGGAUAGCGGAUCAGAUGUUCUUUCAUACCGACUACCGGCCGCUGAUCCGGGACGCCAACAACUACGUGCUGGACGAGCAGACCCAGCAGGCGCCGCACCUCAUGCCCCCUCCUUUCCUGGUGGACGUGGACGGGAACCCUCACCCCCCAAGAUACCAGAGACUGGUGCCAGGGAGGGCAGGCUGCAGGGAUGAGCAGCUGAUUCCUCAGAUGGGCGUCACUUCCUCAGGCCUGAACCAGGUGGUGAGUGAGCAGGCGGUGGAUGGUUCCAGUCCGCUGGACACCAUGAUCCAGAGGCUUCAGCAGGAGCAGGACCAGAGGCUGGGGGCCAGUGACGCUUCUGCUGCAGCAAACACCAGGUCCAGCAGAGGAUCUGUUGGGUCGCCCACAGAAGUACACUCCCCUCCUAACGUCGGCCUCCGACGCAGCGGGCAGAUCGAAGGAGUCCGCCAGAUGCACAGCAACGCCCCUCGCAGCCAGAUGGCCACAGAGGGAGACCUGGUGGCCUGGAGCCGCAGGGUGCUGGUCCCUGAGCUGGAGGACGCCUUUGUCAGGAGACAGGUGACCUGGCGCGAGGCUAAAGGAGAGGAGGAGAUCAACAUUUAUCAGUCAGAGAGGAGGAGACGCACUCUUCACUCACUCCCCAAGGAGAGCAGGGCUCAUCCAACGCCAGAGAGCGCCGUCGACGAGGGGAGGAGGAGUCAGGGGAACCACGGUUACCAGACCCGUGCCGCCAUGGAGGAGACGAGCCGUCAGAGCGCUGAGGCUGCAGACGAUGACGAAAGCACCUCAGAGGGAGAAGCGGAGGUACGGCAGAUUAAUGGAUACUCAUCGGAGGAAGAAAAGGAGGAGGAGGAGAAGGAGCCCUGGCCGGAUGACCACAGCAGUUCCAGCGACUACUCCAGCGAUUACUCCGACUGGACGGCCGACGCGGGGAUCAAUCUGGAACCCCCCAAGAAGAGCGUGAAAGUCAAGAAGAAGAGCAGCGGCUCUGAGGAGGAUGGAGAGAAGAAGAGGGAGGGGAAGAAAGAGAAGAAGAAAGACAAAGCAGACAAAGAUGGUUCACCGCCAAAGAAGAAAAUGCCAAAGGAGAAGAGGAAGAGGGCUGAGUUUGAGGAGGAGGGGCUAACCUUGGAGGAAUGGCUUCCCUCUGCCUGGAUCACAGACACGAUCCCCCGGAGGUGUCCCUACAUUCCUCAGAUGGGAGACGAGUUGUACUACUUCCGCCAGGGUCACGAAGCGUACGUGGAAAUGGCCAAGCAAAAAAAGAUCUUCAGCAUCAAUCCCAAGAAACAGCCCUGGCACAAGAUGGAGCUACGGGAACAAGAGUUGAUGAAGAUCGUUGGCAUCAAGUAUGAGGUGGGCUUGCCCACGCUGUGCUGCCUGAAACUGGCUUUUUUGGACCCCGACUCGGGGAAGCUAACAGGGGGCUCCUUCUCUAUGAAAUACCACGACAUGCCGGAUGUUAUCGACUUCCUUGUGCUGCGGCAGCAGUUUGACAAUGCUCGUAGGAGGCAGUGGGCUAUAGGUGACAGGUUUCGGUCAGUGAUUGAUGAUGCCUGGUGGUUUGGGACCAUUGAGAGCCAAGAGCCCUACCAGAACCAGUACCCUGACAGCUUGUUCCAGUGCUACAACGUCUGCUGGGACAACGGAGACACAGAGAAGAUGAGUCCUUGGGACAUGGAGCCCAUUCCUGAUGAUGCCACGUUCCCCGACGAGCUGGGCACCAGCGUCCCGCUGACGGAGGAGGAGCAGAAGCAGCUGCUGUAUGUUCCCCAGGAUGGAGAGUGGGGCUGCCACACACGCGCAGAAGAGUGCGAUCGCAUCAUCAAAGCCAUCGACCAGCUCUGUACUCUGGAUGUGGCGGCGCCUUUUGCUUUCCCAGUAGACCUCCAAGCCUACCCCACUUACUGCACGGUUGUGGCCUACGUCACUGACCUCAGCACGAUACGCCAAAGGCUAGUGAAUCACUUCUACAGGCGGCUGUCCUCUCUGAUGUGGGAGGUACGUUACAUCGAACACAACGCCCAGACGUUCAACGAGCCAGGAUCGUUCAUCGUCACCACCGCCAAGUUUGUCUCUGACCUCAUGCUGGCGUUUACCAAGGACCAAAGCCUGAUGGACCUCAUGCCUCUCUACAAAGCUAUGAAGAAGGCAACCUUCUCAGACUCAGAAGACGAGGAUGAUGAGGAGGAGGCUGAAUAUACUAACACUCCUGGAACAUCAACACAAAACCACAAGGGCCGUCCGCCCAUUCAGCGCCAGUUAAGAAACCGCCCUCAUUCGUAUGACCCUCACGCAUGGAAAGGGCGCUGUAAGGAGCUGCUGGAUCUCAUCUUUCAGUGUGAAGACUCUGAGCCCUUCAGAGAACCCGUGGACAUACAGGAGUACCCGGACUACCUGCAGAUAGUUGAGUCUCCGAUGGACUUUGGUACGGUUCUGAAGAAGCUGACUGAAGGAAAGUACCAGUCUCCCAUUCAGCUCUGCAAAGAUGUCCGCCUCAUUUUUAGUAAUUCCAAAGCGUACACGCCCAGCAAAAAGUCACGGAUUUACAGCAUGAGUCUGAGGCUUUCUGCGCUGUUUGAGGAGCACAUCAGCCCCAUCCUGUCAGAUUAUAAAGCCAUCCAUGGCAUGACGGACAAACUGACCAGGCGAGGGACGGAUAGGCUGAAACGGCACACUGCAGACAGACCAACGCGAAACACUGUAAAGAGGAGGAGGAGCGAAUCACCCACCAGCAGCAACGCCUCCAGCCCAGAGAGGAAAAGACGCGUCUCAUCCAGGGUGAUGGCCAAAAAGGAGCCUUCACCACCUCCUUCUCGGCCUCCUUCUCUGAGGCAGAGCAUCCCUUUGAAACAGCCACCUCAGCUGGUCAACGGUAAAGCGGAAAGCUCGACUCCAGGACGUACUCGCAGUGCCGCACGCCACUUUAGACCCUCCUCCCCCUCGUCCAACAACGCUACCAACAACACACUGAACACCGGAGAAUCAUCUCGCACAUUACGAGCCCACAGUUCUGUUCGAGCUUCAACUCCGCCAGUUCCUGAGAAGGUGCCACCCACGCAGCCAGCAGAUGGCAACAGCGGAAGCACUCGUAGGAAACUCAGGACACCUGUGAAGCACUCACCUGGCUCUCCAGUCAGCCCUCCGUCUCAGAGCACGGUCCACCUGAACGGACACAGUAGCCAUGUGACACCUGUGGGGAGGAGGGGGAGGAAGUUCAGGAUGGACUCACCAGUGAGUCCUCCAGAAACUCCCUCCAGCCCUUCCAGACCUCGGGGUCGGCCACCGGGUAAAAAGAGAGGCCGGAAGAGCAAGCAGGAGCUGGAGGAGAUGAGACAGAGGAGUUCAACCCCCGAUGACGAGCAUGACCACUCCACGGGAGACGAAGGCGGCGCUUCCUCGGCUCAGGAAACGUCAACGCCGUCGGAUUCCGUUACUUCAUUGAUGCCUAGAAGACGAGGCCGUCCCCGAGCCACAAGGAUUGAGGAACCUGCUCCUCCUGCUGAAUCCCCCGAACCCUCACCACUAAGGAGGAGCAGCAGGAGAACCAAUGAGGAGGUCACACCUCCUGUUCAGACCACCCCUCAGCGGCCAAGUCGGAAGGAAUCUCUGAGGGAGGAAGCUGCGGAGGCAGCAGGGGAGGCGGCGGUGGUUUCCAUGCGCACGCGUAACCAAGGACGCCGGUCAGCCUGGUACAUGGAGGAGGACUCGGAGGAGGAACAGAGGCAGUUGCUGUUCGAGGACUCAUCGAUAACUUUUGGCACCUCCUCAAAGGGGCGUGUCCGCAAACUGACAGAGAAAGCCAAAGCCAACCUGAUAGGCUGGUGAGGAGUGGAUGCUGGAGAACUCAGAGGGAGCAGAAACAUAGUUGUGAGUGAGUGAGUGAGUGAGUGAGUGAGUGAGUGAGUGAAAGCCUCUGACCUCACUUCCUCCUCGUCUCUGACCCUUCCUUCCUCCGGUGUUCCUCCUACAUUAUUGAUCCAUGUUGGAUCUCACGGUGACGCUGUGUCCUCCUGCAUGACCGUCAGACUGGGUCAAACUUUUCCGAGGCGUUCCCAAAUGACUCCUCUGAGGGGAUUUUACGUCCAGGAUGGAUUUGAUCUUUUACUUCCUGCUUUUUAUACAACCCAGAAGUCGUGAUUGGCUUUUUGUUUUGGACGUCUUACACCUGACCCGGGUGUGUGUGUCUGCGCUAAAAUACCAAAAGGCAUACCGGAUAUUGGUACGGCAGAUUUUGUGGACUAUGAAUUUUCUUUUUGCAUGUUAAUUAGAACAAUUCAUGAUUUUUCUUCAAAUUGGUUUUACUGUGAGGACGAGAAAAAGGAUGCAUGAGUGAAUGGAGCCAUUUUUAUCUUUUUAUAUCAUGUUUCAGUGCAUCCUUAGCAUUAGCAAUACCUUGUGCCUUGAUGUCUAUUGUGUGUGUGUGUGGCCACUACCCUAAAACAGUACAUGUGCCUGUUUGUGUAUGUGUAAAUGAGUGUGUGUGUGUGUGUGCCUGUUUGUGUAUGUGUAAAUGAGUGUGUGUGUGUGCCUGUUUGUGUAUGUGUAAAUGAGUGUGUGUGUGUGUGUGUGUGUGUGUGUGUUUCUAACAAAAGUGAGCGUACACUUGGAUCAUUGUGAAACCUUUGACAGAGAUGUAUUUAGACUCUGAGAAGAAUUUAUCCUUGCCGUAAACACACCUGUGAUCCAUGUUAUAUCGUCUUAGAUAAGGUAAGGAGGGGGCGGAGCUUCUGGUGACUAGCUUUGCGAUGCACUUGCCACAGACCGAUUAUCAAUGUAGUCUUAGGCUGUUUGUAAUUUUUUUUUUCAAAUAAGCUUUUAAAAUAAUGAGACGUUUUUACACACACACACACACACACACACACACACACACACACACACACACACACACACACACACCUCUACCUGUCUCGCAUGUUCUAGCACUUUCUUACUCAAACAGGAAGGAGUGGGAUCAAACCGGACUGGACGAGUCUUUUUUUCACCUCUGGUUGUGUGCCUUGGCUACUCUGGCAUGUUGAAUCCUCUGUUUCUCCCUUUUGGGGCCCUUUUUCCCAGACUUCCUGGUUCUUUUCUAUCCGUUUGGAGAACUGGACUGCAGACUCCAGAACAGAGUCGGAAACAAAUAAUCUGACAGGUACCGCGAGUUUACAAAGAUGGCAGCACUCUUUUUGGACACGCCUAAAUGUGUUGGGUUCAGAGUGGAGAACUGGAUGGUAGCAUCAUGAAUACACCCGGUUCGUCUCAGCUCCUAUAUUACAAACAUGUAUCGGUUUACUAUCUUCUGUUUUGUAACGCCAAAUUCUGUCUUUGGGCACUGAAAUUUUAGAAAAUGUGGCUUUUUGAAUGUCUCUUUUUUUUUUUUCUAAAAAAAAAAAAAAGGAAAAAGUUUUAUUAUUUCCAUAGUGGGUGUUCAGUUAAACAGUUUUCUGUCUGUGUCCCUGCCACACAGGCGGAGUUUUGGGGUGACGGGUCUGUAGGGGGACAGUUCUGUGGUGAAGGACUGAGGGUCUGUGCUCUGUCGCACACAUUUGAGGAGUUCUACAAUAUCAUGUGAACAUGUAGAUGUUUAACCCCAAAGUGGAAUAGCCAAAACACUGACUCUUUCCUCUCAGAGGGACAAGAUGUAAAAGAAUGUGUUGUUAUUAAAGGUUUAUAUCGCUGAAUAUUUAUUUUGUGGACCGAAUUUAGCCCCGAGCUUUCUUUAAAACUUCAGAUGUACCCCAACAAUAAAUGGCUAAAAUGCAGCAAGACUGACUUAAAGAAACAUUUAGGAUCUUCUGAGGUGGAGGUGUAUUAAAAGUAUGAAAAAGUUAACAGAACUACUAGCUUUUUGAACAACCUUAAGAUGUGAGAAAUGGAGAUUAGUUCUGAUUGAACAGGCAAGCUAAAGCAAGUCAUAACAGGAACAAUGGUUAUGCGUCUUAAAACGAUUCUAAAAAUGUUACGAGUUUACAAUCUAGGCAAAUUCCACAUGUCAUGGCUGCUCUGGCAGAAAAUAUGUGGAUUUGAGUUACAGUAGCUAGCUUGGCUGUUAGCUUCAUUGCAAACAACCACAGAAUAAUGUAAAUAACUACAUAAUGUGAAAUGUAUCACUAUAAAGAUUUAACAUUUAGAAUUGUAAGACACUUUGUAACUGUACCCAUGGUGAAUUGAUGCUAGCUCUGCUGUCUGGUCAUAGCUAAACGCCGUUUCUCCUAACUGAGGCUGUUCAAACAACUAAAAUCUACACUGAUAAAUGUAUAAUUGCUCGUAGACCUUCCACAGAACUAUCGCAUUUGAAAAUGCUAAAAUAUAUCUUGUCUAAAUGCACCAUUGCUGAGCUUAACUCGGCAGCAGUAACUCGCCUUCCAUAAUCCUAAUUUUCAAGUUAAUCUGAAUUUUUAAACCUAUUUCAUUUGGACAAAGUCUGAACCAGCAGGUCAGGAAAUCAGGAUCAGCGCUCCAAACGACAAUCUGGAUUAUCGUUUAAAUGAGACAUUAAUACAGCAUAUGUGUGUAGGUUACAGGGCUUGACAGCAACCAGCAGCUUCUGCAAAGAUGCUAGAUUAUCCUAAUGAAUUAUGGACAGACUAUCGUUUAUGUCCCCCAGUGGAAACAUCCUGCAGCCAAUCUCCUCAUCUUCUCGCCACUUAGUCUAGAAUAAUCCGAUGUGAUGUGGAGUGUUUGUUUGUUCCACAGGAAGUGAUGCUGAUCUGUUCCAGCUCCAUGCAGGAUGAACAUCAGAUGUGAUCAUUUGGGUUUCAUGAACCUCUGAAUGUGUGGCAGAGCUGUGCUGCUGGUGACCUGAGCGUCAGUGUUUGGUCAGAGGUUAAAUGUCGCUGUGUGUGUGUGUGUGUGUGUGUGUGUGCGUGUGUGUAUGAAGUGGCUCCAUGUGAGCCACCAGGAAGCCUUUUGACAUGGUUGAUGGAGGCAUGUGACUAAAGGGGAGAAUGAUGUCUGUUUAAUGUCACCUGAUCGAUUUAAGUUUUCUUUGUUAGUUUGAAUACUUUUAUAUUUACGGUAUAUAAAUAUAUAAAGGAGUUGAUGCAAAAAAGCAGAAAGCUAGAAUGUAUGUGUAGGGGAGUACUGCUGUCCUGUUUGUUGAUACCAAUAUUUUAAGCAAAUAAACAGUUGUGUUUCCAUA